AUCCGCCUCGACACACGCGCACCAAGACACUCAUUACAUACAUCGCCAGCGACAUCAACAAGCGAGAGCCUGCGUUGAUCAAUUGAAUUGAUUGUUUGACCAUAUCGACACCUGCACCACGCCCAGCCACCCUGCGAGCGACACAGCACAAACCACACAAGAUGCCCUCCCUCCUCGACAAGCUCCAAUCCAAGCUGGAGCUCCUCCGCCUCGAGAAGCGCUACACCCGGUCCCGGCACAGGCGCUCGCACUUUGUCUCCGGCGCCGUCUACGUCGACGGCGAGUACGUCUUCCAGACGCCCAACUCCACCGGCUCCUCCAAAUCAUCCUCCCACACCACCGUCACCGGCACCCCCGGCGCCGACGCCCUCCACGGCGACUACUACGCCCACAGCAGCAACAACAACAAGGCCUACGCCCGCGAGCCCGCCGUCGACGUCAUCGCCGAGGAGGACCGCGCCGUCGAGGAGUUUCAGCGCAAGCGGAUGAACCGCUUCAGCGCCAUGCCCUCCAUGUCCUCCCUCCGCCGCGAGACAGAGACCCCCGAGGAGACGCACCAGAGGAAGAAGCUGAACCGCUUCAGCAGCAUCGCCGGUUUCGGGCGGGACUAUGACGUGAACAACAAAGCGCUGCCUGCGCGUCCAAAGGAGAGCCGAAGGUUGAGCAUGCUGCGUUGAGAAGCCCAUCUUGGUUGUUCUCCGUUUCUUCUACAAGUACAUAUAUUCAGCGCCUCUUUUCUUGUGCCAGGCAGGCACGCAGGAUGGGAAGAACUCCCUUGGGCGCGGCAAUUCCACGACCUGGGUGGCAUUUGGUUUUCUGUCACCGGCGGCUUCAUUCUACACGCACCUUUCACGACAGCUUCUUUGACACACGCUCAAGGAGCUUGCAUGUUCAUACGCUCUCUUAGACAGUACUUCACAUAGGCAUCAUGCAUAUCUCAUGACUUUUCAAAAUCACGCGGACAAACGUUACAUCGAGCUCCACGUAUCUACGACGGC